AAGAUUUAGAAGCAAAUAGCCAACAAAAUAUUAAAGAUAAUGAUUAUGAAGAUCCAAUUGCUGAAUCAUCAAUAAAACGAAAAGCUAAAGAAAUUGAAAAAGAUGAUGACAAAAAGAAAAAAUAUACUA